CAAAAAAAAAUGGAGGCACUGAUAGCAUCUUACGGAGAAACCUCGUCGGACUCUGACACCGAGUCGCCGGCGCCACCGCCGGAGAAGAAAACAUCUCAAGAAUCGACUCCGGUUCUUCCUCCGCCGCCUCUCUCACUUCUCGACUCCCCCAAUUCAUUAGGAUUUCUGGACUACUCGGCGAGUCAGGCCAGCAGAGUGAGGAACUUUCCUCAUGUGGAAGGCAACUACGCUCUACAUGUCUACAUUCCAGUUUAUAUACCGGCGGCACCGAGGAAAGAGAUGGCAGUGUUUAUGAGGAGGCUGUCAUCUGUUGUGCCUGGUCUCCAUGCUGUGGAUGUUGAUGUGCCGCUUGAGGUUUUGUGCAAAGAUGAGCACAGGUUUGAGCAGGUGGCGUUAGGGAGGGAGUUUCAUAUUAGUCUGGGGAGGACUGUGCCGAUUCGGGUGCAUCAGAUUGACUCGUUGGUGGCAAUGCUGAAGCAGAAGCUGCAGACUCAGAGGCGUUAUUGGAUUGAUUUUAGCAAGUGGGAGGUUUUUGUUAACGAUGAUCAUACACGCACCUUUGUAUCGGUAGAAGUUAUCACUGCUGGGUUAGCUGAGAUAACAAAGCAGAUUCAAGCUGUCAAUGAAGUGUAUAAGCUUCACAAUCUCCCCGAGUUUUACAAGGAUCCACGCCCUCAUAUAUCAGUGGCUUGGGCAUUAGGCGACACUAGGGAAUCCCUAAAGAAAGUGGUCGAAGAUGAAAGAAGAAAAUCUACUGUUGGGGGGUCAUUACAGAAAUGUAUUUUUACCAGUAGAUUCAGUGGCAUCGAGUGUAAGAUUGGCAACAAAACACAUAAAAUAUGUAAAUUUUCUGAUGAAUAA